AUGUACUCAUACCACCGGUGGUGGUUGUUGGUACGGUUCACAGCGGGCUUGAGGUUUUGCAAAGCUGCGUGUGUAGACGGUAUCAAUCAAUUGGAGCAGCGUUUUCGGGGAGGGCAAAAUUACCGAGCGUGGUCUCAUGGUAAAUCAAAGAUACUCUCUCCAUUUGGCAAUGCUGGUCUCAUGGUCCGGCUCUGGCCUCUUCUCUAUCCAGUUAGCUAGGGUAAAUUGUUUAUGGUCUUCCGGGUCAUUGAGUUGCUAUUUCUUCCCUUUCUACUGUGUUUAGUUGUUGUUUUCAAUUAAUCUGCUACUAGUCUAUCCUUGUAACUUCUGUCAAAAAGAAAAACUUGGUAUAAAAUUUAACAUUUAGACCAAAAAAAAAAAAAAAACAUACGCAUGAUACAAAAAAAUGUAACCGUACCUUCAUUAUUCUCAAUGAUAUUUACAAUUUAGCAAAAAGAAUGUAUAAACAUACCAUGCAUGAUACAAAAAGGGCAAAUCCAUCAGAUUUGAAAAAUAAUUUAAGCGGUGCGAGUUAUAUCUUUCUAAAGAGUAUUAACCAUGGUUAGACUGCAUUAGGACUGAUUGUUAAUUAAUUAAAUUCUACUUAUCACCUCAUCUAACCGUAGUUAAAUUCCUCCACUAUAUAAGAAACAUCUCACUAUCCCCAUUAUCAUCAUCAUCACUGUUUCUUCUCUUCAGCUCACUAUCUAAAAAACCCUAAUAUCUUCUACAAAAUGGCUAUUGAUACGAGUCUUUCCUUCGCUUAUCCAUUUCUAAGUCUCGACCUUUGUCUCAGCAUUCUCCUCUUCAUCUCCCUUUUCGUUUUCUGGUUGACUCCAGGUGGCUUUGCUUGGGCACUCUACAAAGCUCGUUCCCACACCAGACCAGAAUCCAAAACCCUACCCGCCAUUCCUGGCCCGUCUGGUCUCCCCAUCAUUGGCCUCCUCUUAGCCUUCGUUAACAACGCCUUGACACACAGAAUCCUCGCCAAUAUCGCUAACUCUUGCAAAGCCAAAGCCCUCAUGGCGUUCUCCGUCGGGUCUACCCGGUUUGUGAUAACUAGCGAACCGGGGACGGCUAAAGAGAUCUUAAACAGCUCUGCAUUUGCGGACCGGCCUGUGAAAGAGUCGGCUUACGAGCUGCUUUUUCAUAGAGCUAUGGGGUUUGCUCCCUUUGGUGAUUACUGGAGAGAGCUGAGGAGAAUCUCUUCUACUCAUCUCUUUAGCCCUAAGAGGAUCUCCUCUUUCGGAGAAUCACGUCGAAAAAUCGGGGAAACUAUGGUGGAAGAGAUCAAGAAUGCGAUGGCAAGUUAUGGAGAGGUGCAUAUCAAAAGAAUCUUGCAUUUUGGAUCACUCAACAACGUGAUGUCUAGCGUUUUUGGUAAAACAUAUGACUUCAACGAUGGUAGUAUCGUUAACUCGAAGUUGGAGCAUUUGGUGUCCGAAGGCUAUGAGCUUCUUGGAAUAUUCAACUGGAGUGAUCAUUUCCCGGGACUGAGGUGGUUAGAUUUACAAGGCGUAAGGAGAAGAUGCCGUAGCUUGGUUGGUAAGGUGAAUGUGUUUGUCGGAAAUAUAAUCGAGGAGCACAAAUCAAAGAGGUCUCUUCGUGAUAAUAAAGAAGAAGAGGGCACUAAUGAUGAUGACUUUGUUGAUGUCUUACUUGGCAUGCAAGGCAACAUCAAACUUUCAGACUCUGACAUGAUUGCCGUCCUUUGGGAAAUGAUUUUUAGGGGAACGGACACCGUGACAAUUUUACUGGAAUGGAUCCUUGCGAGGAUGAUUCUUCACCCUGACAUUCAAGCAAAGGCGCAGGCCGAGAUAGAUGCUAUUGAGGGUGAAACGGGACGUGAAGUCUCAGACUCAGACCUCUCCAAGCUUCCAUACAUCCGUGCCAUCGUCAAGGAGACCCUAAGGAUGCACCCACCUGGUCCUCUCCUCUCAUGGGCUCGUCUCUCUAUUCACGACACUCAAAUUGGGACCCACUUUAUCCCCGCUGGGACCACUGCCAUGGUUAACAUGUGGGCUAUAACCCAUGAUGAAAAGGUCUGGCCGGAGGCUCAUGAGUAUAAGCCAGAGAGGUUUCUUGGUGCACAAGAAGGUGAUAAUUUUCCCAUAAUGGGAUCUGAUUUGAGGCUUGCUCCCUUUGGUGCUGGGCGUAGGGUUUGUCCUGGUAAGUCUAUGGGUAUAGCUACUGUGGAGUUAUGGCUGGCUCAGUUGCUAGGUAGCUUCAAGUGGGUUCCCUGUGGUGAAGUAGAUUUGAGUGAGACUUUGAAGCUCUCACUAGAGAUGAAGAACUCUCUUGUUUGUAAGGCAAUCCCUAGGGUUUAAUAUGUGUUUUGUUGGCUAUCAAACUAUGCCAUUUUCUAUCUCUCUCUCGGUUUUGUUUGAUUUACCGUGGGAGAUAUCUAAUUACUGUCCUUUUUUCUGUCACUAGCUACAUCUAAAUAAAUUAGUCUAAAAAGUUUCUACCGUGUUUAAGUAUCAGAAUUCCAAUAAGAAAGUUUGUUUCAAAUUAUUAUAUUUUCUCCUUCUAUCAAGUUUUAUUGACCAAAUAUGUUGUAAUAUUUUCUCAUGCAAUUAAUAUCAAAAUGUUCAUCUACGUAGACUUGUUACAUUUUACUCGGAAAUAUAUACUUUAGUUUUACAAUUUUUAGUAUUUGAAUCAAAUUCAACAUUAAAAUGUCUUGUUGAGGAAAUCUAAACCAUAAUUUGGAAAAGGAUAACCUAAUCAAGGUUUGUUAGUUUUGUUUGAAGUUUAUUUAGUAAAAAAAAAGAACUUUUCACAUAAAGUUACAUUAGUUUGGAGUUUCAGAUUUGGUUUACUAGGUUUGGAACAAAAACUAAUUUUGAAAUGUUUUAUGCUAUUCUCUAUAUAGGUUGCAUCUAUUUUUCAUCAGUCUUUUGAUAGUUUGGCUUAUUGUUGUGGUUUUUGUUUGCUAACAAGUCAUGUACUUAUGUUACAACUAGGAGUUAACAAAUACAGUGUAUAUAGCUUCAGGUUCAAGUUCUAUUGGUAGUAGGAAAAAGACCAAUUAAUCAUGUUAUCCUUUAGGUUAGCCUGAGUAGACAAGUUCAAAGACCUCCUGCUAAACAAAAAGAAAUUAAAUUACAAGGAUGAUUUAUUACUUGAUUAAGAUAAAUUGAAGUCUACAUAGGAGGAAAACCUUCUUUGUAGAGGAAAAAUGUCGAACUCACAAAUGAUAUGUUGGAUUUGAUGAUGGAUAUAUAGGCAAUAUGGCCUUAAUAGAACUGCAAAAAUUCAAUGAAAAAAAUGUUCUUUCAUCAGAAAAUAAAGUGUACGGGUUUGUUUGGAAGCUGCAUAGAAAAUUCAGCACCAGCCUAGAGAUAAACGUGGACCGAACUCAAUUAACGAAUGAGACCAACUAAACCUCUACCUGCAAACGUACAUUUCUAAAACGUGACUUUUUAGUCUCAACAACAACCACUUCUCCUCCUCCUCCUCCUCCUCCUCACAAAAUUAGUAUUCAAUGUGCUUUACAUUUGUAUUUAUUUAUCUAAGUCUAACCUAUCAAAGCGAGAACCUUAAUUAUGUAAAAUUAUAAAUACAAAAAAAAAAAAAA